AUGCGUUCCUCUAUCCUGGUGCAGCUUGCCAUUGCACUGUCCCUUGGCCAUAUUGCAAUCGCACUGCCUUUACUAGUUACUCGUGAAGAUGAAGUAGUGCAAAUUGAGGCGACAGCGGAGUCCGCACCGUGUCCUCCGAAUGGCAAGCAACGAAUCUGGCCCCUCCUAUUUGGCUUUUCUGACAUAACAAAGCUCCUGAAGCGGUCGGAACUAUCAACAACCGAGACAUCUACAAACGCUGCUUGUUCUAGUUGA